AUGGAACCCCCUUUAAACAAGAGGAACCCGACGAUUAGAUUAGCGGAUUUGGCAGCAACUCAGCCUCUUCCUCAUCAGAAUAUGACAGGCUUCCCGGGGCUAGGGGGGCAUCACCCUCUCUCCCACCAUGCCCACCUCCACCCUGGGGAGCUGGGCAACGACCCCGGAGUGGCACUCACUCCAUUUGGACCAGAGCACAUGGCACAGACAAAUGCUCUCAAACUUAGCCCGUCUCAGCACAUUCAGAGCCACCCCGAAGCCCAGACCGCGGCGUCCUUCACUCCUGCUCAGACCACAGUUGGUUUCCCCGUGGCUCACCCCCACUCAGGCUACUCAAGCAGCAGGGACUUCAUCCUCAGGAGAGAACUCUCAGCCUCUGCUAUGCACGCACUUGGCGACCAGCAUAGUUCCGCCUCCUCCCCUCAUCACCAUGGCAUGUUCAUUUCGCCAACAGGUGCUUAUGGGCACGCGGAAAGUGGGGCCCAUUCAUUUUUUACUGGACUUCACGAGCAGGCGUCCCCAGGCGCGCACCACCACCACCACCAUGCCCUCAACGGGCAGAUGCGCCUGGGUCUGCCGGGGGACAUCUACGGCAGGUCGGAGCACUUCGGCCACAGGCCGGAGCACCACUACGGAGCGUCGUCUCUGCACAGCUACAACUCCAUGAACCUCAACGUGAACAUCACCUCCGCUCCUCACGGAGCCGCUGGGGCGUUUCUGAGGUACAUGCGGCAGCCCAUCAAGCAGGAGCUCAUCUGCAAGUGGAUCGAGCCGGAGCAGAGCCAGAAGAAGCCCUGCUCGAAGACGUACAGCACCAUGCACGAGCUGGUCAACCACGUCACCGUGGAGCACGUCGGGGGACCCGAGCAGAGCACGCACGUCUGCUUCUGGGAGGAAUGUCCGCGCGAGGGCAAAGCGUUCAAAGCGAAGUACAAACUGAUCAACCACAUCCGAGUUCACACCGGGGAGAAGCCCUUCCCGUGCCCGUUCCCCGGCUGCGGGAAGGUGUUUGCGCGGUCGGAGAACCUCAAAAUCCACAAGAGAACUCACACAGGAGAGAAACCCUUCAAGUGCGAGUUUGACGGCUGCGACCGAAAAUUCGCCAACAGCAGCGACCGGAAGAAGCACUCCCACGUGCACACCAGCGACAAGCCCUACUACUGCAAGGUGCGCGGCUGCGACAAGUCCUACACGCACCCGAGCUCGCUGCGCAAACACAUGAAGGUGCACUGCAAGUCCCCGCCGCCCCCCAGCUCCGCCAGCCUCAACUACAUCUCCACGAACUCUCUCGGGGGGGACGCGCUCUCGCCCGCCUCUGACGCGCACAGAACGCGCUCGGCGAGCAUCUCUUCCCCUCAGGUCACCAACCUCAACGAGUGGUACGUGUGCCAGGGGAGCGGGGGGGCGCCAAACCACCUGCACACCCCCUCCAGCGACUUGCCAACGUCGGACUCGGACGACGAGGACUCUUUUAGACAUUCAGACCCGAGGACGAUGCUCUGACCCCCCCUGGAGCAUUUCAAACUCUAAAACCUGUAGGUGAUUUUUUCAACUAGAAAUGAUCUUUUAUCCCUAAAUUAAAUUCAACUUCAGUCAGAUAAUAAAAAAUAAACAGGCUGAAUCAAAUAAUUUAGAUUUGACUGGAACUACUUAUUUAUUCUGAAGAUUCAUGCACAGGGUUUAAAUUAUAACUUUAUUCAACAGAUGGGCUAAAAAGACAUUUUUUCUACGAAACCUCUUGAUGCAGUUAUUUAAUC